UGAAUAUCUCUCCCUCACGCCGACGACCAGCCGUUAUUCCUUCCGCUCGUCCUUUCCUCCUCCUCCUCCUCCUCGCUCUCCGUGUGUGAGCUGUGGGACGUCCCCUCCAUUGCUCAUCAUUCCGAGCUUUGAGUUUUUUUUCCUUCUUCUCCACGAGAGGCAGAGUAGGUAGGUAGGCAGGCACCAUCCAUUUUAGCAAGGAGAAGAGGAGGUCGGGCAAUGGGGUUGGCCAGCGACAGCGCCGGGUUCCCCUUCUCCGCCAAGCUCUCCGCCGCCAACUCGCCGCGCUUCUGCAACCCCAUGAGCAGAAGGAUAUUUUCAGAUGUUGCUGGGGAUAUAACGGUAUCGGUGGAUGGCCAAUCUUUCCUCCUGCACAAGUUCCCUUUAGUCUCUCGGUGCGGAAGAAUAAGACGAAUGGUAGCCGAAGCCAAGGAUCCAGAUCUCUCAAAGCUUGAGCUUGUAAAUGUACCAGGGGGAGCUACAGCAUUCGAACUCGCUGCGAAGUUCUGUUAUGGGAGCAACUUUGAAAUAACCACAGCCAAUGUAGCUCAUCUCCGGUGCAUUGCAGAAUAUUUGGAAAUGACAGAAGACUAUCAAGAGGAGAACCUAAUUGUCCGGACAGAGAUGUACCUGAAUGACCUUGUGGUCAAGAACCUUGAGAAAUCACUACAAGUUUUAUGCGCGUGUGAAAGCUUGGAUCCAAUGGUGGAGGAAAUCGGAUUUGUCGAUCGGUGUGUCGAUGCGAUCGCGAUGAACGCAAGCAAGGAGCAGCUGGUUUCAGGUUUGGCUCACUUGGAAUGCGACGCGGGGUCCGGGAAGUUGCGGAUGCAUUGCCAGGAUUGGUGGGUUGAGGAUCUUUCUGCUCUAAGAAUUGAUUAUUAUCAGCGAGUGAUCGCCGCGAUGAGGAGAAGUGGCGUGAGGCCGGAGAGCAUAGGCACUUCCAUUGUACACUAUGCUCAAACAGCUCUCAAGGGCAUCGAAAGGCGGCACGUGUGGGAUUCCGGCCCACUUGUCGGUGACAACCAAAGGGUGGUUGUGGAAACCCUCAUCAACCUGAUGGCAACCGAGAAGAUCACAGCUGUUACCCUGUCAUUCUUGUUCGGCAUGCUGAGAAUGGCGAUAGAGGUUGAUGCAGGGCUAGAUUACAGGAUUGAAGUCGAGAAAAGGAUCGGUCUCCAUCUUGAGAUGGCAUCACUUGAUGAUCUUCUCAUCCCCUCCAUGCAAACGAGUGAGUCCAUGUUUGACGUCGACACGGUCCAUCGCAUAUUGGUCAAUUUCUUGCAAAGGAUUGAGGAAGAUGAUUCAGGAGACUUGUCACCUUGCGGAUACGAGUCCGACGGACUCAAGUCUCCGAGCCAUGGCUCGGUGCUCAAGGUCGGAAGGCUAAUGGAUGGUUAUCUUGCAGAAAUUGCACCAGAUCCUUAUCUGAAACUGCAGAAGUUCAUGACUCUCAUCGAACUGUUGCCCGACUAUGCUCGCAUUGUUGAUGAUGGACUCUACCGAGCCAUCGACAUAUACCUAAAGGCACACCCAUCUCUAAUGGAAUCCGAGUGCAAGAAGCUGUGCAAGCUGAUCGACUGCCAGAAGCUGUCUCAGGACGCGUCGAGCCACGCGGCGCAGAACGACCGGCUCCCGAUGCAGAUGGUGGUGCGCGUGCUCUACUUCGAGCAGCUCCGGCUCAAGUCGUCCUUCUCGGGCGGCCACUCGGGCGGCGGCGGCGAGUACUGCUCCUUCUCCCAGCGGAUCACCAUGCCCAUCAGCGGGAGCGGCGUGCCGAGCUCGUGCGUGUCGCCCCGCGCCGCCGGCGCCGCCGACAGCUACGCGUCGCUGCGGCGGGAGAACCGGGAGCUGAAGCUGGAGGUGUCGCGGAUGCGGGUGCGGCUGACGGAGCUGGAGCGGGAGCAGGGGAUGAUGAAGCAGGGGAUGCGGGACGGCCGCCCCGGGGAGCACGGCCGCGCCUUCUUCGCGUCGAUAUCGAGGGGGAUCGGGCGGAUGGCCAUGUUCGGCCCGGCCGGGGAGAGGAGGAAGAAGAGCUCGAGGGCGACGGCGAGCUCGCAGUGCUCGGAGGGGAAGAGCCGGAGGAGGAAGAAACCAUCGGUGACGUAUGCGUAGCUAGCUAGCUAGAGGCUCUCAAGCCACGUGCGGGGAAACAAUGUAGAAUGUAUGUACUGUGCUAGGUAGCUCGCGUAUACAUGAUGCCGGUGGAUUGCAACAAGUUUCCUUUGCAGUUU